AGAACGGCUUGAAAGAUUCAGGCAACCCUUUUAACACCAUUGCAAUAAGCAGUCCAUCACUUAAUGUCUCUUCUGCAUUCCCCAGAGCUGUAAUGGCAGUCUCAGCCCUUAUCAUAUAGGCUGUGACGCUCUCACUGGGCAUUUUCUGUAGCGACGUUAGCUCCGUGUACAGGCUAAUCACACGUGGUGUCCCCUUACCGGCGUAGUGCUCUCUCAGGAUUUUCAACGCUUUCCGUCCGUCAUCCCUGGCAUCUCUCAUCACGAGUGAAAGACUUCUAUCAUCCAAUACUUGGAUUAGCUCUGCAUAAGCUACUUCAUUUUUUUCAUCCAAGUCCUUAUCUUCUUCCUCCGACUCGCCGGGCUCGUCCAAAAUGGCGGCCCUUAGCCCAAGUAGCCGCAGGUAUCCCAGGAACUUUGUUUCCCACAAUUCGUAGUUUCUCUCGUCUCCGUCGAAGCACAGACGGUUCCACCGGCUUCCCACAUCCCUUCUGGGCCCAUAACCUGUUGUAGGUUCCAUUCUCUAGGGCAGAAAUACCGUGGUAACUCGCACUUCUCAUGGAGGAAUAAACCACAUACACGUUGUUAGAGUUUUACAUCAGAGGCACACGCCCUCUUCUGCGCCAUCAUUUAUUGAACACACACUUCCGUAUUUAUACCUUUCAGAUUAAGAGCACAUACAUAUAUGAUAGGGCAACAGUAGAGUUUGUGAUUGCUUGCAACAUCAUAAUAUGGCGGUUGCUAGGGGGAAAGAAUACAUACAGAAAAAUAGUCUUGGAAUAUGAACAAAAGGAUGGGGUGCAGGGCAGGAGAACAGCCAACCCCCACCCUCAGGACAUGAAGCCACAGGUACGAGCGUGGGGGAGGGCAAUCAGCCUUUAGAAUAGGACUUCAUAGGAUGAUCUCCAGAUGCAUCCGUAUUUUAUUUUUUUCCAGGGCAAAUAAAGACGCCUGAUUUUGGAAGUAAAAGUAGCCUGAUCGCUACCAUCAAAAAUCCGUGAAGUCGGCGAAGUGUGUUCACAGUUUAGAAAGAGUGAGAGACUGUUUGCAGAAAAACACCAACUAAUCAUUAGCUCAGCAUGCUGGAAAAAUGUUGAGAGUUUGCUUGCUUGUUCAAUUAUUUCCAUGUUGCUUUGACUGUAUAUAUAAUGAUAUAUAUUAGGGAUGCAAGAAAAUAUCGAUACAACGAAAUAUCGCCAUAUUUCGUGCAAUGAUACUGAAUCGAUAUUCAAAAUCAGUGUUAUCGAUUUUUUUUAAAUGAAAAAUUACAUGCACUUACUGUUUUUACUUUUGUAUGUUGCAGUUCAAACUCCGGCCACUGGUUUGCAGUUUUUACCGCCUUUACUUUGACGUAAAAACAAGGCCUCGCGAUAACUGUAGAAGCGUCUAGUUUGCCAAAACCAACGAAGUAGAACAGUGGAUGUGUAGCCAAUUGUGCUAGCUAACUGAUGACUGAAGAGGAGAGGAUACAGCCGGCCCCCGCAGCUUUCAAAGCUGAUGUGUGGACUUAUUUUGGAUUUAGGACAAAAGAAGGCGGUAAAGACUAUGACAAGAGCUAUGCGGUCUGUAAAAUCUGCACCGCCAGAGUCAAAUAUUCUGGUAACACAACAAAUUUACGAACACACGUGUCUAGACACCAUAGCGACGUAGCAUCAAAUGCUAAUUUUAAAACGAAACGAGGUGACCCCGCUCAACGGACAAUUGAAGAAGUUAACUUUUCGAAACUACCAGCAACUUCAACUCGUGCAACAAAAAUAACGCAGUCAGUACUUGUUUUUAUUUGCAAAGACAUGCGCCCUCUGAGUGUUGUGGAGAAUAAAGGAUUUCGUAAUAUGAUUAAAACGAUGGAGCCCCGUUACACCGUUCCUUUCCGACAACACAUCACGGACAUCGCUCUGCCAAAGUUGUACCAAGAAGUCAAAGCGACAGUGCUGGACUCCCUCAGCUCGGCAGAGACAGUUGCUUUGACAUGCGACGCUUGGACUUCGAGAGCCACUGAAUCGUACGUAACUGUUACAGCAGCAGACCAGUGGAACCUUCAGUCUCAUGUACUACAAACCCGAGCCAUGCAUGACAGUCACACAGAUGAGCACAUUGCAGUGUUACUAACUGACGCUGUGGCUGGCUGGGGAUUGAAAACAAAGGACCUUGUUGUUGUUACCAAUAAUGCACCAAACAUGACUCUCGCAGCUAGACUUGCAGGCAUGACGCGCAUACAAUGUUUUGCACACAGUCUGAAUCUCACCUCACAGAAAGCACUGAAAAUACAAUCCGUGGUGCGACUUCUCGGGAGGAUCCGACGUGUAACAGCCUUUUUUUUGGCGCAGCACCACAGCCAGCAAUCAGUUGAAGUAGAAACAGUGCCUCCUUGAGCUACCAGCUCACAGAUUGAUCAUGGACAUAAUUACAAGAUGGAACAGCUCCUAUGAUAUGAUAGAACGAUUUUUAGAACAGCAACCAGCCAUCUGUGCAACUCUUCCUAACUUCUGCAGAAAGCAGAGUGAAAAAGAAAUUUUCACAUUAAGUGAGUCUGACAUCACAUGUGCAGAAGAGGUUGUCAGGGCACUCAAGCCUAUGAAGGACGCCACCCUGGUAAUGUCAGAGGAGAGCAUGCCAACCCUGUCCAUCAUUGCUCCUCUUCAUGCCAAGCGUGAUGGGUGCACAAGAAAGUGUUGAUGAUACACCGACAGUAAGGGACAUUAAGACUGCCAUAGCAGAAGGUCUGUGAAAGAGAUAUGUAAAUGAGAGGGAGACGCUAUGGAUGGCAUCAACAGUUGAUCCUUGGUUUCAGGACCUGCCCUUCCUGUCUGAAGCAGAGACCAGUGAGACCUAUUCCAGACUGUUUGAAAGUGUGGUGACUGUGAUAAAGAAAGAAAAAAUCAGCAAGAGAAUAAGGAGACUGACAAACAGGUGGAGGAAGAGAAUGCCACAGAGGAGGCUCAUCACCCACAACACUGUGCUCAAACACAGUGGUGUUUCUGAGUAGCUUUUCUGCUUAGCAAUUUAAUUUAAAUAGAUACAUCCCCUUUUCAUAGUAUAAUCUUAACGUGCUUCAUCUGAAUCACCCUUUCUGUGUG